ACACCUGGUACAACUAAUGACACGCCCAGCACAUCCACUGUGACAUCACAAUCAGUAAACAAUACUCCAAUAACUCAGUCAACCGAAACAACAAGUUUUUCAGAUGAUGAUACGUUUACAGAAAAGACAGAAUCUCAACAAAGUGAAGUUGUGUCUGCUCCAGGAGAAACAGAGGAGACAGAUGAGGAGAAAGAAGAAAAAGUCCGGAAGUUGCAAGAGAAGAUUCAGCAACGGAGGUUGGAGAAAGCGAAACAAGCAGAAGAGGAGGAGAGGAAUAAAGAGAUUGAGCGGAGGAGACUUGGAAAGGAUGUUUUAUCAAUGCGGGAACAGCAGCAAAAGAUAAAAAUGAUGAAAGAAAUUGAGGAACGGAAAAGGGAUAAACAAAUGGAAAUUGAAGCACGGCGGAAAGUUCGAGAACAACUUGCUCAGGAUCGUCUUGAGAGAGCUUCCAGGUUCCAACAAGAGAAGGAGGGAAAAACGAGAGAGGAAGAGAAUAGAAAGAAACAGAGGGAGGUGAAAAUGACUCAAGAGGAGGAGGAAAAAAUAAAGGAAAGGGAAAAAAUAGCAAGAAUACAGUUUCGAUUCCCGAAUGGGUCAUCCAUCACUCGUAACUAUCCUCGGGAACGAACACUAGGUGAGGCAAUUGAGGACUUGCGAGAACAGCCUGUCAUACUUCCAGGGAAUUUUCGACUAGCUAUCGGGAUUCCCCGGCGGGUAUUUACCUCAGAGGAAGAAGGUCAAUCUCUCGGUGACCUUGGUUUGACCCCAAGCGCGUCAUUGUCUAUUCAACCAGUCGCGAAUAAGGAGGAGAGGAAUAAAGAAAUUGAGCGGAGGAGACUUGGAAAGGAUGUUUUAUCAAUGCGGGAGCAACAGCAGAAAAUAAAAAUGAUGAAAGAAAUUGAGGAAAGAAAGAAAGAUAAACAAAUGGAAAUUGAAGCACGACGAAAAGUUCGAGAACAACUUGCUCAGGAUCGUCUUGAGAGAGCUUCCAGGUUCCAACAAGAGAAGGAGGAAAAAACGAGAGAGGAAGAGAAUAGAAAGAAACAGAGGGAGGUGAAAAUGACUCAAGAGGAGGAGGAAAAAAUGAAGGAAAGGGAAAAAAUAGCAAGAAUACAGUUUCGAUUCCCGAAUGGGUCAUCCAUCACUCGUAACUAUCCUCGGGAACGAACACUAGGUGAGGCAAUUGAGGACUUGCGAGAACAGCCGGUCAUACUUCCAGGGAAUUUUCGACUAGCUAUCGGGAUUCCCCGGCGGGUAUUUACCUCAGAGGAAGAAGGUCAAUCUCUCGGUGACCUUGGUUUGACCCCAAGCGCGUCAUUGUCUAUUCAACCAGUCGCGAAUAAGCAAGUUCAUGCCCGUCAAGAUAGCAGCUUCUUUAUUCAAAUCUACACGUUCAUUGUUAUGUUCUUAUCCCUGCCAUUCAAACUACUGGCUUACGUAUGGUCGGCAAUUUUCGGUGGCAAUCAAAAUGCUACAAACACAGAUAAUUCAUUGGGUUCUGGUAGAUACGAUAGUGUGAGACCUGGAAGCGACACGCCCGGUGUUAGGAGACGAAACGUACCUGGAAAAUCAGUAACCCGUGAAGGGAAAAUGCAUCGACUUAGUGACAUGGCAGAUAAAGAUGACGACGAUGCAACUUGGAACGGCAAUUCCACACAACAGAUGUAAUUUGUUGGCUUGUAAGCGUGGUUGUAAUUGCUCCAAAUUAAUCGUUCGAAAUACUUUUGAUGGCAAUAGUCACACUGCACAACACCUAUUUAGAUAUGGUAAAGUGGGGAAGGGCGGGACAGAUUUCAAUGUCUUUUCUGCUCCUAUUUGGUCGUAAACAUAGAUUAUUUACAGCGUUAUAUAAUCGCACUUUUCUAAAUCUGAAAAACCGUUAAUAAUUGUUUAAAACACGAUCAUAAAAUAUAGAAUAUUAUGCGCCGAAGGUGUCCCGUCUUACCCCCAGUACUAUACGGUAUAACUUGUUAAACACACCAAUUCAAUGUGUGUCACUGAAGCAAUUACGUCAUUAUCAGUUGCACACGUACUUUUAAUUUAAACUUUGAAGAAACUUUCCAGAUGUUGUUAUUGCGCAAUUUUUAAAUCUAUGUCUAAAUUUCUUUCUGAAAGCUUAUCUUGUGUCCAACCUUUUGUCAAUAUAAAACAGACCAAAGUUCAAAAAUACAUCAAAAUCUUGUUUAA